AUGGAGACGCCCCUGUCCCCCUCGCCUGUUCGCCCUCGUCCUUUCUCGUCCUUCUCCGUCGCCGGCUCGUCUCGUCGCACCUCGUAUGCUGGCAGCACGGCCCCUAUCCGCUCGAUGCGCGCCCCCUCGAUGGUGGUGAGCGAGCUCGGCGCAGACUUGGUGGCCGCCGCCUACGCGCACAAGAAGCAGUUCCUCAUGGCGGAGCACAUCUACCGUCGUUGCGAGGCCGCAGGCUGGUUCCCCGACGUCGACUUUGGCAACCUCGUCGCCGUGCGCACGUCGGUCGGCGCCAACGGCACCUCGUCGUUCGCGUCGUACCCGGCCGUCCACGAGGUCGACGGCGCCGACGUCCUCCUCAAGGGCCUCGCCUGCAUCAACGCCGAGGCCGCCGUCAUCGUCUCGUCGCACGUCGUGCGCAGCAUCGUGUCCCAGCUGGACGACGACCAGGAGCGCGUCACGCUCAACGAGGACGUCGCGAUCCAGGUUCUCGACACGCUCGAGGACUUGAGCGGCGCCAAGCGGCACCAGUACGCCGCCUACAUCCGCUCCAACUCGGCGCUCGUCCUGUGGACCGAUGACGUGUCGAGCCUGCUUAGCGACCUCAUGCUCGAGUACAUCUGGCGGGCCCAGGACUUGGACGAGGAGGAGCAGGAGGACGAGGUCGUCAAGCCUGUCGAGGACGCCGCCGUCGCCGACCUCGAAGGUGCGGCGCCGGCCGAGUACAAGCGCCGGUCUGUCGGGCUCCUGUCGCCGCUGCACGUCGGUCUCGCGCUCGGCAUCAACAUCUUCGUCAACCUCCUCACGCUCAAGACCCUCAUCGUCGAGUACCUGACGGACGGCUACUACCCUCGCCUCUUCAUCGCCAUCGCCAUCCCGUUCCAGUUUUGCGUCUCGCAGUUCUUCUGCGUCGUCGUCGUCGCCAUCAUCCUUCAGCUCCUCGGCCCGGUCAAGCAGAUGCACGAGAACAACCGGUACUACUCGGGCGUUCGUCCCGUCCGCAUGCGUGGCCCGCUCCCCGACUUUACUAUCCUCAUGCCCGUCUACAAGGAGGGCCUCGAGUCCGUCCUGCAGCCGACUAUCCGCUCGCUCCAGGAGGCGAUCAAGACGUACGAGCUGCAGGGCGGCUCGGUCAACAUCCUCGUCUGCGACGACGGCAUGCAGCUCCUCAACGACCGCGACUACGCCACGCGCAAGGCCUUCUACGACGCCAACUCGAUCGGGUUCGUCGCUCGUCCCGGUCACGGCAAGCACUACCACCGCGCCGGUCGCUUCAAGAAGUCGUCGAACCUCAACGUCGCCCUCGAGCUCUCGAUCCGGAUCGAGACGCUCAUGCGCGAGAAGAAGCCCGUGCGAGGCCCCGACGAGGCGCCCUGGACCGCCGACGAGGACCAGCAGCUGUACACCGUCUGCCUGGAGCAGGCGCUCGCCGAGACGCAGCGCGUCAUCCAGCUCGAUGCCGAUGACGACCUUGAGAAGUCGGACGAGAAGCCCAAGACCAAGACGCUAGGCGUGUGGGCGGCGGGCAACGUCCGCAUCGGCGAGCUCAUCCUCAUCAUCGACUCGGACACUCGCGUGCCCGUCGACUGCUUCCUCGACGCGGCGUCCGAGAUGCACUGGUCGCCCGAGUGCUCCAUCAUCCAGCACGUGUCCGGUGUCAUGAUCGUCGCCAACAACUUCUUCGAGAACGGCAUCGCCUUCUUCACCCGCCUCGUCAACACGUCCAUCUCGUGGGUCGUCGCCAACGGCGACGUCGGCUGCUUCGUCGGGCACAACGCCUUUAUCCGGUGGAGCGCCCUUCAGGAGAUCGCUCAGCAGCAGCCUGACGGUCGCUGGCAGAUCUGGUCCGAGAGCCACGUGUCGGAGGACUUUGACUGCGCCCUGAGGAUGCUCGUGGCUGGCUACGACGUUCGCUGGGCGACCUACUCGGAGGGAGCGUUCGAGGAGGGUGUCUCGCUCACGUGCGACGACGAGAUCAACCGUUGGCAGAAGUACGCGUUCGGCGUGUCCGAGCUCCUCUUCCACCCGAUCCGGUACUGGCCGACGCGCGGCAUCCUCACGCCCAUGGCCAAGCACUUCUUCUGGCAGUCGAACCUCCCGCUCCACUACAAGUUCUCUUCGUUCGCCUACAUGAUGUCCUACUACGGCAUCUCGGUCGCGUUCCCGCUCUCGAUCGCCGGCUACAUCCUGUACGGUCUCUUCAUUCCGAGCCUCGACAAUGCCUACAUGCCGUCGUGGAAGGUCACCGUCGCCCUUUUCGUCGUCUUCGGCUGCGCCUCGGCAUUCGCCUUUGCCGUCCUGCGCUUCCGAUCGGGCCAAUGUGGCCUGCACACUGCGCUCUGGGACCAGAUCAAGUGGACGCCCCUGAAUUCGGUGUUUUUCGCCGGCCUAUCCCUACACGUCCUUCUCGCCCUUCUUGCCCACCCGGUCGGCUACGACAUGACGUGGUCGUCGACCGUCAAAGAGGCGCAGGACUCGACCGUGUUCGCCGAGCUGCCCGCCAUCUUCAAGCGGUUCCGGGUCGUGUUCAUCACGUGCACGCUCUGCAUCGCCAUGAUCCUCACGUUCCGCUUCAUCCCUCUCAUGGAGUGGGCCAUCAUCGACUGGGUCUCGAUCGUCCCGCUUGCACUGGUUGUCGGCGCGCACAUCCUGUACCCUUUCGUCCUCAACCCGACCAUCAUGUCGCUCCGCUUCUAG